UCGCCUGGUUUUCUAUCCGCCGAACUAUAUGUAUAGUAACUAUAGUUCAUCGUUCACCGACCGCAUGCGGCAUGUUUUGUUUUGUUUGUAGAAGUCAACUGAAGGCAGGUGAAAUUUUGAAGUCGGUGUUUUAUAUGAACUGUUUAAUAAUGGCGUCUCUCACCUUGAUACUGGAUGACCUCAAUGAAAAUCCUAUUUGUAAACAUGGUCCAACAGUGUUAUUUCAAAGAAAUGAUGCAAGUGGGAAAGUUGUUAGUAGGUACUACGGGUGUAGUGCAAGUAGAAAUGGAACAUGUGCGUUGGAAUUACCAGCUAGUCAAAUCAUCACCUCUAAAACGUUCUACAAUUCCACAACUACUAGCCAUAUGCAAAUUAACAAGGUUAGAAACUCCAACGCUUCAGAAAAAGCUUACUGUCUAAAAUGCCAGAGGUUGAUUCUAAAAUCAUGUCUAGAUAAUCAUAAGAAUCAUGAGAUUAUUUGCGAUCUCACAGAUGAUAUGUUACGACAGCCCUCGCGUUUGCUUACUCCACUUACUGAUGACAGUAAUGAGGCACAAUAUUUUUUCUCUGACGACACGUUACUUUGCAUAAAGGGAAUUAUCGAGCAGCUAAGGAUUACAAAAAUUGUUUGUUUAGGAGCACCAAGAUUACAUGAAUAUCUAUUGACAAAGACUAUUACAAAAUCACUGCUGUUGGAUAUUGAUGAAAGAUUCCGGUGGUUUUACGAUGAGUCUAUUUUUUUGCAAUAUAAUAUGUUCAACCAUCACUUUUAUGAAGGUGUAGCUGCUCAAGAUGUACUUAUUUCAUUUUUACAAACUGGCGAACAAAAAGAUCGCGUAUGCCUCUUUACAGAUCCCCCUUUUGGUUGUCGUACGGAACUAUUAGCAAACACCAUUUUAAAAUUAAAUCAGCUUUAUAAUGCAACCAAUUUGUUAGUUCAGCAUGUAUUGCCAGCAUUUUGGGUGUUUCCUUAUUUCAUGGAAGCUUAUAUAAAAAAAGAGAUGCCUUCUAUGGAGAUGUCCGACUAUCAUGUCUCUUACACGAAUCACAAAACGUAUCAUAACGGCAAAAAAAGUUUAAAACAUGGGUCGCCAAUUCGAUUGUUCACGAAUGUCCCGUUAGAAUCUUUUAAAUUACCGUUCAACGAAGGUUAUAAAUUUUGCCUCAAGUGCAAUAAAAGUGUACACAAAACGAAUACGCACUGUGUAAUUUGUAAUAAAUGUGCAUCAAAAAACGGGGCCUCAUAUAUGCAUUGCACCAAAUGCAAUGUUUGUGUCAAACCGAAUUAUAAACAUUGUUAUAAAUGUGGCAGAUGCGCCCAAAAACAUGAGUGCCGUUUCUAUCAAAAUCAAAUAAUAUGUCGUAUCUGUUUAGUCAAAGGGCAUACGGAGUUGUCAUGUAGCUUUUGGAAGCAUUUCAAUAAAUUUAAAAGGCACUAUAAGGGUUGCAUAAUUUGCGGCAAAAAUACUCAUAUAAUACAGAACUGUCUUAAACGUAAGUUGGCUUUGAAAGAAACCUAUUUUCUUGGAAAAUAUAAUAAUAUACUGAACUUACACUAA